AUGCCACAGGGUCCCAAACUCUCUCUCGAGGAGCGGCGGAGAGGCGAGAUAGCCCUAAGCGAAUUUGCAGAAUAUGCAGAGAAGCAACAGUCGCGUCGCUCGGCCCAGAUGGCCCCGAGCGAUAGCGGCUACUCGACCGCGAGCGUAGCUCACGCCACCGAGGACCACGCGGAACUGGAUAUCCUUGACCAACUCACGCUAUCCGAUACACCGAAGACGGCCAAGUUGAAAGACCUGCUGCUCGGUACGGGUGACGAAGCAGAAGAUAGUCUGCAGCUACUGGGUAGUAUCCUGCAGGCUCGGAUUGACGAGGGCCAUGGGGAGGCCAUCUUCGACUUGGGACUCGAGGAUGGUGGCGACUCCAUGGGCUUUGACCUUGGGCAGUGGGAUACGGCCCUGCAGCGUCUACGAGAGGCGGCAGAGUCCCUCCCGGCGCAUUGUCGAACCCUGCUUACCCACAAUGUGGGAGGCCCGGAGGAGUCGAAAACAAAGAAUGACCGGAUCAAGGGUGCUUGGGGCAAGGUCCUGAUCCGCCAGCCUGCGGAUUCUGUGGAGGAGAUGGCUGAGAUUAGAAUAGCGGUUGUUGGGAAUGUUGAUGCCGGGAAGAGUACCAUGCUCGGAGUCCUCGUCAAGGGGAAUCUCGAUGACGGACGAGGCAGGGCGCGAAUCAAUCUCUUCCGUCAUAAGCAUGAGGUCGAGAGUGGUCGGACCAGCUCCGUCGGGCUGGAGAUCAUGGGCUUUGAUAGCCACGGCGAGAUUGUCGGCAGCUCGCAGGGUCGCAAACUUUCUUGGGAAGAGAUCGGAAAGCGAUCUGCGAAGGUGAUCUCUUUCUCCGAUCUUGCCGGUCAUGAGCGCUACUUGAGAACUACUGUCUUUGGCAUGUUGAGCAGCAGCCCCAACUACUGUCUACUGAUGGUUGCAGCCAACAACGGUCUGAUUGGUAUGAGUAAAGAGCAUCUGGGUAUUGCCUUGGCUCUGAACGUGCCAGUCAUGGUGAUUAUCACCAAGAUCGAUAUCUGCCCUCCACAGAUCCUGCAGGAGACCGUCUCUCAGCUGACCAAGAUUCUCAAGUCCCCCGGCGCUCGGAAAAUUCCCAUAUUCGUGAAGGAUAUGGAGGAGACCAUCAACACCGCGACUCAAUUCGUCAGUCAGCGCAUUUGCCCCAUCUUCCAAGUGUCCAAUGUCACCGGUGAGAAUCUGGAACUGGUACGGACUUUCCUGAACAUUCUUCCUCACCGGGGCCAAUAUAACACCGAAGCGCCGUUUGAAUUCCUGAUUAAUGAUACCUUCUCUGUUCCUCACGUCGGAACUGUGGUGUCUGGGGUGGCUAAGUCCGGAGUGAUUCACGCUGGCGAUUCGGUGCUCGUGGGCCCCGAUUCUCUCGGCCAAUUCACCACAACUACAAUCAAGUCGAUUGAACGCAAGCGGAUCCAGGUGAAUGCUUGCUUUGCGGGACAGUCUGGCUCGUUUGCUCUCAAGCGUGUUCGUAGAAAAGAAGUCCGUAAGGGCAUGGUGGUUCUCAAGAAACUGGAACAGCCUCCCAAGGUCUACCGAGAAUUUAUCGCUGAGGUUCUCAUUCUUUCCCACGCUACGACAAUCAAACCGAGGUAUCAAGCAAUGCUACACGUCGGCGCAGUGAGUCAGACUUGCUCGGUCAUCGACAUUGACCGCCCCUUCAUUCGAACCGGUGAUCGAGCGCUUGUUGCCUUCCGAUUCAUCCAACGUCCGGAAUUCUUGGCCCCUGGCGAUCGAGUCUUGUUCCGGGAGGGUAAAACCAAGGGCUUGGGGAUCGUCAAGAGUGUCGGAUACGACCCGGAUCAUCCUCUUAACCCUGAAGCUAAGAUCAAGUGA